GUUAUGUAUGUAUGUAUUUAUGCAAUGGUUAAAAAGGCGGGAAAGUUCUACUAUUCUGUUGUACAUAUUCUGUAUCGAACUGUAUAUGCACAUGCAUGUCAAAGAAGUGAUUGCGAGUAUAUGUGUAAUGAUGUCUUAAUCUUAUAGUGUGGCAAAAUAUCUUUACUCUAAAUGGCUGAUGAAAAAUUAGUGAAAUCUGUGCAAAGCACUUUUUCUAUGUAUGGUCUCAAUCUUUCAAGAAAACUCAGUGUUUCUCUUGCUAAAGAAUUGUUGAAUGUAGAUGAAAAUGAGCGCAAAACUUGGCUUACACAGAUUGUGGAGCAAAUAUUGACACAAAAUUUAAAUGAUCCUCAAGUUACACUGGAAAGUCUCAAAUUAGCAAUAGAAGAAUGCAUAAGGCCUAAUACGUUGAAAAAUACAGAAACAGUUUUUAGUAUCAUAAAUGCAUUUGAAAUACCAAAAAUUAAAUAUGAUCCAACUAAAAAGAAAUUUCUUCUAUCACCUGUGACACCAGAUUUGUUUGCUGAAGCUCCACAUAAGUCAGCAAUAUUUAAAGACCGAUUUGAGUUACUCUGGCGUAGGACCUUAAGGCAUGAAUUAUUUAUUCCCCCUAAACUUGGUGAAAAAAAAGAGAAUUGGAUUGAAUUAGUGCCUAUUGAAUAUUUGUUAAGUGAAAGCAAAAAAGGGAAUGUUUAUGUAAUGGGUCUUUUAACACAAUUAGUAGAAGGCCAAUAUUAUUUAGAAGACACAGGAGGAACAAUUAAAGUUGACUUGAAGAAAGCAAACUUUCAGGAUGGUUUAAUCAUGGAGGCAUCAAUAGUAAUAGCUAGUGGAGAUUAUAGAGAUGGUAUGUUGUAUGUAAAAGAUAUAGCUUUUCCACCAGCUGAGUCAUCUAGUAAUGCACGUGCAGACUUUGGUGACUCCAAUACAUUUGGCAGCUCACAUAAUCUUUCCUUGAAGCUAUCAGAAAAAUUAAAAAGUUAUGAGGAAAGUAACAAAGAUGGAAUGAUUAUUUUUUUAUCUGAAAUGUGGCUGGAUGAUGUAACAGUAUUACGUAAAUUUAGAACUAUGUUGGAAGGAUAUUCUGAAUGUCCACCUAUUGCUUUUGUAUUGUGUGGGCAUUUCUUAAGCUUUCCAGCAAAUAUAACCAGUGCACAAAAGCUAAAAGAAGGAUUUAAAGAUUUAGCUGAUAUAAUAAUACAAUAUCCAGAUAUAAAAAGGUCUUCCAAAUUUAUUUUUGUACCAGCACCAGAUGACAUAGGAUCACCAAAAAUUUUUCCAAGAUCUUCAAUUCCAAAAAAUAUUUCAGAAGAGUUCACAAAAACUGUACCUGGUGCAAUAUUUACUACUAAUCCUUGCAGGAUUCAAUACUGUACAAAAGAAAUCGUCGUGUUAAGAGAGGACAUUUUAACGAAAAUGUGUAGAAAUACACUACAAUUUCCGCGAGAAGGAAAUAUUUACGAUCAUUAUGCCAAAUCAAUUAUUUGCCAGUCGCAUUUGACUCCUUUAAGUCUUUCUGUGAUCCCAAUAUAUUGGAAAUACGAUCACGCUCUACAAAUAUAUCCAACUCCGGAUGUGAUUGUGGUUGCGGACAAAUUUGAAGCAUACGAAACCGUUUAUUCUGAUUGUCGUAUCAUUAAUCCUGGACUCUUUCCGAAAAAUGGUCAUUCAUUUAAAGUAUAUGUCCCUGCCUUGGAUUUAAUUGAACACUGCGCUAUUCCCAAAGACAUGGAUGAUAUUAAUUAAAUAAUGUAUAAGUAUACAAAUAAAAAUGACAUACAAAUCGGUGAAAUGAAAAGUUUCAUAAAGAAUAUCCAAUAAUUAUGCUGUAAACAAUUC